AUGGACCGCAAUCAGCAAAUGGGCGGCGGACUUGGUCCCCGUCAUGACCCGUCCUCCAGAAUCCAGAAAACCGAAUCAGCAGCCGAUCGACUUGCCGCCUUGAAGGCACGCGUUGCGAAUGCCGUCGGGAGUUCCAAAGCAAAGGGUGGACUUGGACUCAACACCCCUUUACAUCCGGCCCUCGCUGACCUCGGCGCCCCGAUCAAACCCGCCGACUCAUCUCGAUCAGCUCAUGGCCAGCGGCCGGUUCCCGACUCCUCAAAGAACUCCAAACCAAAGCCCUUUGGCAUGCCCGGAUCUUCCAACGAUGGCCCUCGACCAAACCCAUAUCUCGAGCCAAGCCAUGGCCCAACAGGAAAGGCAAGAGAAUCGCGACAGCUCAUCUUCAACCAGAAAGGAAAAUACAUCGCCCAGGCACAAGCCCUCCGACGACAGGCCCAGCUGGAGGAAAUGAAGAAGAGAAUCGCCGAUCAAGCACGCAAGGCAGGAUUAGACGAAGACCGCGACGUGGAGAAGGCAUUUGUGGUGGAAGCCCCCCCAGAUCUGGAAUGGUGGGACGAAGGUCUUAUCGACGGCAAGGACUACAGCGGCUUCCCAGACUCGCUCAAGAUCGACACUCUCGACAGUAUCAUCACUCUAUAUAUCCAGCAUCCCGUUGCAAUCGAACCACCGCAAGAGAAGCUGGCCCACGAGCCCAAGCCAAUGUACCUAACGCCAAAGGAACAGGCCAAGCUCCGGAGAAACAGGCGCAUGGCUGAUCUCAAAGAAAAGCAAACCCUCAUGAAACUCGGUCUCAUGGAAGCUCCCCCGCCAAAGGUCAAACAGAAGAAUUUGAUGCGUGUACUCGGUGACGAGGCUGUUCGUGAUCCCACGGCAGUCGAAGCCCGAGUCAGGAAGGAGAUUGCGGCGCGUCUUGACAAGCACUUGGAGGCGAACGAGGAGCGUAAGUUGACAAAGGAGCAGCGGCAUGAGAAACUCGCCGCCAACCAAGCAAAGGACGCAGCCAAGGGCAUCCAUAUCCUGGUUUUCAAGAUCAACAGUCUAGCCAACGGACAACACAGGUACAAGAUCUCACUGAAUGCACAACAAAACGGGCUCAACGGAGUCUGUAUCAUGCAUCCGAAAUUCAACCUGGUGAUUGUAGAGGGAGGCGAGCACAGUAUCAACAACUACAAGAAGCUGAUGACGAGGAGAAUUGACUGGACAGAGGCUUUACCGUCGAGGGAAAGGAAUGUUCAGGUUGGGGCGUACAACACUGCUACGCAGGCUACGGUGAGGGAGUGGUUGAAACCAGAGGAUGAAAAGGGACAGCUGAAGGACUUGUCGGGGAAUAAGUGUGUGUUGCUUUUCGAGGGAGAGACGAAGGCGCAGGCGUUCAAGAAGUGGGGGAGCAAGGUCUUUGAGACGGAUCAGGAGGCGAGGGAGUUUUUGGCGAGGGUGAAGAUGGAUAGUUUUUGGACGCAGGCGAAGAAUACCCCUUCUUAG